GAUGGCCCCCGUCGACGGCUCAGCGUCCCUCCUCCAUAGCCACAGAGUUGGCCAGGAUUCUCCGGGGCCCGAGGCCACUCCCACACCUUGUCUGAUUCCUCUUGCUGGUGCACCUCCAUACCAUUGUUAGCUGGUUUCGGGAGCUGGGUUUUGCAGAGAUCGCGAUUUUGAACAAAGCGCUUGUGUGUGGUGCGUGUGGAAAUGGCGUCGUUGUUGAUGGAGGUCGGGUGCACAGCCCAGCAGCUGGCUCCCACUGUGGCCUCGUCUGUCGCGACGUCGAACUCGAGCUCGCCUUGCGUCGUGGGCAUGAGCGUGCGGUGUCUACCCGUUGCGCGUGGCCUUAGAAUCGGCGCCUCCAGAAGCAAAUUCUCCUCUUCCACAUCCUCACACGGUGCCGUUCGAACUCAGAGGACAGGAAUCGUUUGCGAAGCCCAGGAGACUGUCACCGGAGUCGCAGGUGUUGUAAAUGAUGCUACCUGGAAGGAACUUGUGCUGGAAAGCCAGAUCCCAGUACUGGUAGACUUCUGGGCUCCCUGGUGUGGACCUUGCCGUAUGAUCGCUCCUCUGAUCGAUGAGCUAGCAAAGCAGUACGCUGGCAAGAUCAGGUGCCUGAAGCUCAACACAGACGAGAGCCCAGGCAUUGCCACUGAGUAUGGAAUUCGCUCCAUCCCCACCGUGAUGUUGUUCAAGGGUGGAGAAAAGAAGGACACAGUUAUCGGUGCUGUGCCCAAGUCUACAUUGACCACAACUGUAGAGAAGUACAUUACACCCUAGAGAGAAGUUCGACGUGGGUACUUGGAAUAGGUCUUGGGACUGAGAUUGUUUUCCAGGACGGUGACAUGUUAGUGUAGAAAUUUAUGGUAUAUUCUUGUUGUCAUAGAAUCAGUCGACUCUUCAAUUCCUUGUAACUCCCUGCUCUUCACCACACAUGAAUCGGUAUGUGGCGUUGCAUCGAUCUAUGCUCAGUGCCACUGCUUCUGAUUUUGUAAUUGGAGAUGGCUGGAACUUCCCAGGCGGUUUUUUUGUAUCA